AUGGGAAUAACAAAGAAACCAUUUAAAUACAUGGAGUGUGAAAACAGAGAACAUAAACUAUUUGAAAGUAUGGAGUGUGGAAGGAGCUUCACUGACAAUGGAAACCUUAGAAAACAUCAGUGGUCUCACUCAGGGGAGAAACCAUUUAAUUGCAUGGAGUGUGGAAAGAGCUUCACUACUAGCGGAAGCCUUAGAAUUCAUCAACGGACUCACACAGGGGAGAAACCAUUUAAAUGUAUGGAGUGUGGAAAGAGCUUCAGUCAGAGUGGAGACCUUAGAAUUCAUCUACGGUCUCACACGGGGGAGAAACCAUUUAAUUGCAUGGAGUGUGGAAAGAGCUUCAGUCAAAGUGAACAACUUAGAAUUCAUCAACGGACUCACACGGGGGAGAAACCAUUUAAUUGCAUGGAGUGUGGAAAGAGCUUCAGUCAAAGUGAACAACUUAGAAUUCAUCAACGGACUCACACAGGGGAGAAACCAUUUAAAUGUAUGGAGUGUGGAAAGAGCUACAGUCAGAGUGGAGACCUUAGAAUUCAUCUACGGAUUCACACGGGGGAGAAACCAUUUAAUUGCAUGGAGUGUGGAAAGAGCUUCACUACUAGCAAAAGCCUUAGAAUUCAUCUACGGACUCACACGGGGGAGAAACCAUUUAAUUGCAUGGAGUGUGGAAAGAGCUUCACUACUAGCAGAAGCCUUAGAAUUCAUCUACGGACUCACACGGGGGAGAAACCAUUUAAAUGUAUGGAGUGUGGAAAGAGCUUCACUACUAGCGGAAGCCUUAGAAUUCAUCAACGGACUCACACAGGGGAGAAACCAUUUAAAUGUAUGGAGUGUGGAAAGAGCUACAGUCAGAGUGGAGACCUUAGAAUUCAUCUACGGAUUCACACGGGGGAGAAACCAUUUAAUUGCAUGGAGUGUGGAAAGAGCUUCAGUCAAAGUGAACAACUUAGAAUUCAUCAAUGGACUCACACAGGGGAGAAACCAUUUAAUUGCAUGGAGUGUGGAAAGAGCUUCAGUCAAAGUGAACAACUUAGAAUUCAUCUACGGACUCACACGGGGGAGAAACCAUUUAAAUGUAUGGAGUGUGGAAAGAGCUUCACUACUAGCGGAAGCCUUAGAAUUCAUCAACGGACUCACACAGGGGAGAAACCAUUUAAAUGUAUGGAGUGUGGAAAGAGCUACAGUCAGAGUGGAGACCUUAGAAUUCAUCUACGGACUCACACGGGGGAGAAACCAUUUAAUUGCAUGGAGUGUGGAAAGAGCUUCACUACUAGCAAAAGCCUUAGAAUUCAUCUACGGACUCACACGGGGGAGAAACCAUUUAAUUGCAUGGAGUGUGGAAAGAGCUUCACUACUAGCAGAAGCCUUAGAAUUCAUCUACGGACUCACACAGGGGAGAAACCAUUUAAAUGUAUGGAGUGUGGAAAGAGCUUCAGUCAGAGUGGAGACCUUAGAAUUCAUCUACGGUCUCACACGGGGGAGAAACCAUUUAAUUGCAUGGAGUGUGGAAAGAGCUUCAGUCAAAGUGAACAACUUAGAAUUCAUCAACGGACUCACACGGGGGAGAAACCAUUUAAUUGCAUGGAGUGUGGAAAGAGCUUCAGUCAAAGUGAACAACUUAGAAUUCAUCAACGGACUCACACAGGGGAGAAACCAUUUAAAUGUAUGGAGUGUGGAAAGAGCUUCAGUCAGAGUGGAGACCUUAGAAGACAUCAACUGACUCACACAGGCGAGAAACCAUUUAAAUGCAUGGAGUGUGGAAAGAGCUUCAGUCAGAGUGGAGACCUUAGAAUUCAUCAACGGAGUCACACAGGGGAGAAACCAUUUAAAUGCAUGGAGUGUGGGAAGAGAUUCACUGACAGUGGAACACUUAGAAACCAUCAACGGAGUCACACAGGAGAGCAACCAUUUAAAUGUAUGGAGUGUGGAAAGAGCUUCAGUCAAAGUGGACACCUUAGAAGACAUCAACGGACUCACACAGGGGAGAAACCAUUUAAAUGCAUGGAAUGUGGAAUGAGCUUCACUGAGAGUGGAACACUUAGAAACCAUCAACGGACUCACACAGGGGAGAAACCGUUUCAAUGCAUGGAGUGCGGAAGGAGCUUCAGUAAGAGUGUACACCUUAGAAGACAUCAACGGACUCACACAGGGGAGAAACCAUUUAAAUGUAUGGAGUGUGGAAAGAGCUUCACUACUAGUGGAAGCCUCAAAAUUCAUCUACGGACUCACACGGGGGAGAAACCAUUUAAAUGCAUGGAGUGUGGAAAGAGCUUCAUUCAGAGUGGAGACCUUAGAAGACAUCAGUGGACUCACACAGGCGAGAAACCAUUUAAAUGCAUGGAGUGUGGAAAGAUCUUCACCGACAGUGGAAGACUAACACUACAUCAACCGACUCACACAGAGGAGAAAUCAUUUAAAUGUAUGGAGUGUGGAAAGAGCUUCAGUCAGAGUGGAGACCUUAGAAGACAUCAACGGACUCACACGGGGGAGAAACCAUUUAAAUGCAUGGAGUGUGGAAAGAGCUUCAGUCAGAGUGGAGGCCUUAGAAGACAUCAACGGACUCACACGGGGGAGAAACCAUUUAAAUGCAUGGAGUGUGGAAAGAUCUUCAGUCAGAGUGGAGACCUUAGAAUUCAUCAACGGACGCACACGGGGAGAAACCAUUUAAAUGCAUGGAAUGUGGAAAGAGAUUCACUGUGAGUGGAAAACUUAGAAGACAUCAAUGGAUGCACACAGGGGAGAAACCAUUUAAAUGCAUGGAAUGUGGAAAGAGCUUCACUGAGAGUGGAAAACUUAGACUUCAUCAACGGAGUCACAUGGGGGAGAAAUCAUUUAAAUGCAUGGAGCGUGGAAAGAGUUUCAGUACAAGUGGAGUUCUUACAAAACAUCAACAAACUCAUACAGGGGAGCAACAAUAUAAGUCCUAGGGAAGUGGACAGAGGUUCAGUUGUAGUGGAAGUCUUACAAACCAUCAAAAGACUUCGAGGGGUAAGAGCUGUAAUAGUGGAAACACCUUCAGGCCAUCAAUUAACUCAAAGAAGAGAAAGGAUUUAGACAGAAGGAGUGUUCAUCCUGCUUUGGUUAUUAUGCAACACUUUUUAGAGUGUAGGACCUGUUUCUCUCCAAGUUGACACUUUUUUUUAAAAUAGCUUUUAUUUUGCUUAAACAGGUACAUAUAAAUAUAAACAGCCAAAAAUUACAAAGGAAAAUUCCUUAAUAGUAAUGAAAAAAAACUACAAAAACUACAAAAAAUAUUGAAGUACAUGACACAGAACAUAAGCAACUAUGGGAAAGAUAAAAGAAAAGAAAAAAGAAAAAAUGAA